UGGCACCCUUUUCGUCGACCGUUGUUUCAGACAACGACGGACAUGUCGUCGUCGCUGUCCAUGGCAAGGAGCGAGCAGCAGCGUUCCCCGUCUCUUCGAUCUAUUGGGAGCAGCUCUAGCAUAGCCAGCGGCGUCAGUCUUUCGCGUCGUCCAAGGACUCGCACUCGUUCUCGAACGGUCACAGGAGGUCAGAGUCCCCACCCGGACGCCACCUCUACUCGGGCCCAGGAUGGUGACAUCCCAUUUCUUACCAACCAAAUGGUGACCGAGCCUCAAUCUGACAUUCUCGGUAGUCCGCACGAUUUUGAUUCUCAACCACCUGUGCGUCCAGCUCGUUCACCGCAUCGGCCCGUUUCUACGGACGUGCAGCUAUCAGAUACGAUUGGCUUGGUCGAAGAAAACCACGAGAACGUUUGUGAUUCAACGGGAUAUUCAGUUGAAGAGUCCCCUGAGACUGCGAUGCCGCGAACGUUGCAGCAGUCUUCAUUACCCUCAGAUGCAGCAUCCACAGCUCCGGCACCUUAUCCCUCGACAUUUGGGAGACCUGGUCCAGAAGCAAGCGUGAAUGCGCGAGACUCAAUGCUAUCUAAUUUUACCCAGCAAACGGGGACCUCUACCUCUCUGUAUCCUCCUUCAACAUCCACUGUGUCGGGAACAGAGUCGCCGCCUUCUCCCCACUCUAUAGUGGAAACGGGCGAGAACGUUGACGUUCCAGUCAUUGACGAUCUCCAAGAGUAUGACGGAGACGAUGUUUCCUACCGGCUGCGCUUGCUAGUCAAAAAUAACUACUUUUUACCACCGGCACAUUCCAAACCUUCUGCUUCCGACUUUGCCUCGGUACCAAGCACACCCAGAAAGCCAACCUCCCCAACAUUCCUAGACCUUUUCCGGGUGGGAAAGUCGAAAUCUAAACCAACUACACCCGUGGGUACGAGCCCGCCACCUGAUAUCUUGAUUCCUGCACUCAGAACAACCUCGGACUCUAUAACUGCUUCCGGCUACUCCCAAUAUGCUCGGCCACAGUCGUCAUCCCAUAAUCCGCGUUCACGACAUCACGGAAGUAGUCCUCAAGGCAGAGUCGUGGUUGUACGUGAGAAGAUGUCAGACCUCGUGGGUGCGGCGAAGCAAGCAGAGCAAGAUAUGAAGGCGCGUGGGGUCAGACGCGACCAGGGAUCACACAGAGGGAAUCAGACAGUCUUCGACGACGUUAUAGAUCCGACGGAUGCUGUAGACCUUCUUCCUCCCUCGUCUAAGUAUCCAUUUGCUGUUCAAGCGUCUGCCCUGCAUGGCUUGGGCGUUCAUGACUCCGUGGGGGCGGCGCUAUUGGCGGAUCGCCUUCCGCCACCAAUGAGCCCUGGAAUGUCUUCGCUUGAUCCAGACGACGAUUGGAGAAAAGCUUUACUCAAAGCGGCUGUCGGUCAUUCUCUGGAUAAUCUAAAUUUGCAUCAAAGUUCACCAACGUCUAUUGCCUCUCCCAUGUCUGGGCCGUCGUCUCCUGCUCCUGUACAUAUGUUGGGCCAACGGAUUAUUUCCAAUCCCAUCAUUCUGGAGACGGAUAUAGACACAUCUUUUUCGAGGCCGAAAUCUUCCCGCAGUCGAACGUCCCGUCGCGGGCGAGAUCAUGAGCUCUCGCCUUCCGAACACCUUCCGAUUUGCAGGCCACCAAGCUCUUUACCUCUCCGGGCUGAAACACCGCUUCCUCUCACACCUCUUGCGCCACCUCCGCGCCGAAUCAUCAAUCCGCUGUAUUCGCUUUCCCAGACUGAUUUGGGUGCCCCACAACAAUCUCGUCCACCACCAAGACCUCCGAUUACACCCUCAGCUGCUCAGGUUGUGCGAAAAAGCAUGUCGUCACCCGUACUACUGGAGUCUUAUGAAUCCGGGGCAGGCAGAAUGUUAGCCAUGACUCCUCCUCCGAUACCAAUGGAGUUGCGAGAAUCAAGGGAAGAGAGGGAAUCCGAUAGAGAAAGUUCUUUCGAGACAAGUAGAGAACAUUUAUUGACAAGCGUGCAUACAGAGUCUCUCUACAGCGAAUACGCGGAACGCGUUAAUCGUUCAUCAACAUCGUUGUCAGACUACUCGCAACCUUCACCAACUGCUUCAGCGUUCCAAGACGCUUUGAACAGCAUCAACAGCCACUCGCGAAGCACCCUGUCCCAAGUGUCUAUCGCUGAGCAACCUGGGAUUCUCAGUCGAGCUAGCACUGUUCGUGUACAUGCUGUCUCACCUCCGCCACCUAGAGUCUCUUCCUCAUUAGCAAAUAUUGCUUUAUCCCCACCUCCCCGUUCCUCGUCCUUACAUCACAGGAUCAUUCCUCCCCGUGACAUCAAAACCACUGAACCGUUGCCUGUAGAAGACACAUCCACCACUGACACACCGAAGGAAAUUCUGGCCCCUUCACCGACGACUCCACCAUUCCCUUCGCCCCCUCCUCAUCCUUCUCCCUUGCCAGAACGUCGGCCUGGGGUUUUACCACUAUCUCUACAUAUUCCUUCAAACAAUAUUGUCCCCGAGAUUCAAUCAGCCCCGCCACCAUCUUCUCUGACAUCUUUUUUCGACUCCAUCCAGUCACAGCCAAAUGCCAUGGACGAUCUUGACUCGUCGGACGAGAGCGAUGACGAGGAUGUUCGAAUGAAUAGCUCAAUCACCCAACAACGGCCACCGGCAUAUGUCACACGUACACGGACGACAUCCACUGGACGAAGUCAUAGUACCCAUAAAACACUUCUGAUGCGGCUCGGCAACCAUUCUACACCCUACAUAUCUCGGCCAUCGCUACCAUUUGGAGCAGUGGAUCCCAGACAGCCUAUUGGCCAUAUUUCCCGGCCAUCGCCUUUCUUCACUGAGAAGAUAUCACGAAAGAGCGGGGAAACUAAUCAUCCAUCGUUAACGUCAUCCUUUGAUUUCUUUCGAUACACGCAGGAACAUCCGGGUCCAUCUUAUGCGGACUCUUCGUCUGGGGUAAAGAGCCUGCAGGGUGCUACUCUGAGUGAGAGUGAGCAUGCGUGGCAGCACAAGCAACGAGAUCAGGAAUCUCUGAGGCGCCUUGAUGGGUUACUCAUACAGCACAUGGAGGCUGAGAAGGACAGAAUUAAACGUAUCGCAUCCAAUGUUCACGCAUCCAAUGGUCAGGUUAAAUCAUGAUGCUCGUAUUAUAUACUUAUUACUCGUCGUUUAUACCUUGCUUGUCCAUUUUAUACCGUUUUUUUAACAAUUCUAUACCCUUGACACAACUUUCAAUACAUGGAUAUGGAC